CUCGGUGUGUGCAGCACACAUAAACACAGCAGUAGGCUUCGCGUUUGCGGCGAAACGACGAUUCGGAAAGCGCGACGCGUUUGACAUUUACGGUCGCGUUUGACAGUUGGUGCGUAGCGUGACGUUUGGUGAAUGAAACGGAGUGGUUUUGGGAGUUUUGAAGGGGGGAAACCGCUAGAAACAGUGUGUGUGCGCGUAGAUUUGGGUCACGAAGAGCGGUCGUGAUCACGAUAAGAAGCCCGAGCUUGAUUGACGUGUAAUCGGCCGAAACGAUCAAUCGCGCAGCGUUCGCGAUAGCAAUCAAAACGGAAAUGUCAAACUUUUAUCGCAACAGUGCGAUUUUCCCGUGGAGGUGUUUUUCCUUGGUUCUGUUUUGAAUUGGGUUUGCUCUCUCGCUCUCGCGCAGCGUUGUGAGUGUGUAUGUGUGACAAAGUUUGGAUGUGUUGGUGGCGCGCAGUGGAGCAAAAAAGUGUUGCAAUUUAUAGCGUUCCACUGGUCGGAGUUCGCACGUGCAACCACCCGCCGACAACCUGUCAAACAAAAGUUUAUUUGCGCGGAGCACAUUUUUCGCCGUGUCUCUUUGUUCUGCAAGAGGAGCCGCGGUGGAGACCAUGCCUGAAUUUUAUUCAUGUUUGUAAUAAAUAUUAAAGUUGAAAUAUUUUUCUGGCGAUAAAAGUGAGAAGAUUGUGAACAAAGUUGUUACUCAGCAGAAAGCGAUAAAAAGUCCGAUAGACCGGCGAGUUGGCGGCGGGCAGAGGAUCUGUCAGUGAGCGCGGCGCGGAGUGAACGCUCGCGAGCAAAAACAAAAUCAGCAUUUCCAUCACAAUCUAACCGUUUGAAUCUUCGCGUCUCGCGUGUUGUCGCCGUCUCCGGCAUCAUCGCAGUUGGCGAUGAGUUUUUAACUGCACAAUACCCAACCUGCAGAAAAAAGAAGAAGAAGAAAAGUGUCGAAAGCGCAGUCACCGUCCGCCGAAAUUCUCGCUGCAUUCAAUAAAUAAAAAUACACAUUUUAUGCGAUUCGCCCGUCAUAUCGACCAAUGAGUCAUAAACGCAGCAACGCGCGCGGCGAGUCAUCAUAAAAACAUAAACGUCAAAAUAAAAAAGGCAAGCUCCUGCCACCUCGCGAUUUUGACCACCCCGUACGGUCCACCCGGCGAUUCCCGGAGCAAGAUCCGCACGCGGAUCGCUUCCCGGGCCGUGAGCACACACCCCGUACCGCCGUUAUCGCCGAAAUGAAAUAAUAACAGCAAAAAAAAGAGGUGAAAACAAAUUUUGUGUGCAAGUGCGCGGGCGGCCGACCGCCAUCUUUGUUGUUGAGGUGAAACAAUUGUCAAACGACAGUGUGACAGUGAGUGCGCGCCUGGCGGUAGAGUGUAGAAUUUAUAUUUUUUGUCGCACAAGGAAAACAAAAACAAACGCGAACGAAUCGAGUUGGCUAUGACAGUCGAGCUGGGUCCCGAAGCGACCGUAAUGGGAGACGAUGAGGAAGCUGCUGAUGAGCAGCAGUCGUUACCACAGCAAGAACAGCCAGAAAACUCCUCCAACAGCUUAACCGCCACCUCUUCAGCCAACAACAGUCCCGCAGCAGCCGCCAACGGCGAUUCCGAAAUGAUCAACUCGCGACCUCCGUCAACGCAAAACCCGGACGAAGAUCCGGCGUCCCCCGCACCUUCCACAGCCCGUAGCAGUAGAACCCCUUCGGUGGCAUCGCCACCACCACCCCCGUCUCAACCAAUGGAAGACGAUCGGGAACGAUCGCCCGAGCGGGUCGAGAUCAAGAUCGAGCCCGACCUGCUGGUCGACGAGCCCGAAGAGAACUGCAAAUCUCCCCCGGAGCCAAGUCCGCCCCUUCCCAUGCUCAGACUGAACAUCGCGUUAGCCUCCGACCCAGCCGCCAAUCCGGACGCAAAAGAUCUUAAGAACAUCACCGCCGCGAACGAUAGUCAGUUCGAGAAGAGCAUCGAAGUUCCGCCGGUGCCGUCGCAGGCGGCCGUCAUCCGAAAGCCGGGCAAAGCCAACGCCAGCAGUGAACCCGCCAUCACCAUCCCGAUCAACGUGGACCUCCCCCCGCGGAUACCGAUGUUCAUGUGCGGCCCAUGCGGAAUCCGCUUCUCAUCGGCAUCCACCCUGGAAGCUCACCAGACCUACUACUGCUCCCAUCGGAAGGACGCCGACGUCGACAACGGCGCCGGAGGUGGCACCAAAAACGCCAACUCAAACGACCCCAACUCGGGCGAACCCCCGGCCAAGGCGGCCAAAACCGGCAAGCAGUACGCGUGCACCCAGUGUUCGUACAGUGCGGACAAGAAGGUCUCUCUAAACCGGCACAUGCGAAUGCACCAGUCCUCGCCGGCGCCAAGUUCCAACGCGUCCAACGGGGACGACUCCGCUAGUCAGCAGCAACUUCAGCUGCAGUUUCAGGCCCAAGCGGCGGCGGCGGCAGCUGCGGCCGCGGCAGCCGCAGCAGUUAUGCAGCAGCAGCAACAACAACAGCAGCAGCAGCAGCCACCGCCCCAGGUUGAUCGGUACUGUUCCGACUGUGAUAUACGGUUCUCCAGCACGAAGACGUACCGGGCGCACAAGCAGCACUACUGCAGCUCGAGGCAUCGGGAUGGCCAAUCCAACAACAGCACACCAAAACCCCAGCAAAAGUCGGGCUCGCAGAGCCCACCGGACGUCCCAAAAACCCCGCCGGUGGCCCCACAGCAGCCCUUCCUGGCCCUUCCCACAAACCCAAUCAUCGUGAUUCCGUACUCGCUUAUCCGGAGUGCGAGCGUCAUCCCUGGGUUAUUAUCAUCGUUGGCACCCGGCAUCACCAACCCGGAAUCGGCGUGCUUCUUCUUCCAGAACGGCACGCUGCAACCGAUCGCCGUCUCGUUGGCCUCGGCCGCGGCAGCCGCCGUCGGCAACGUGGUACCCCAACCUGGUCCAGGUUCUCACCAGCAGCAACUCCAUCACCAAAACUCUCAGCCCAACUCGGGCAGUUCCGGUUCGCGCGUCCAAACGCCGAACGUGGCCAGCGAGAACAGCAGUUCCAACUCGGGGACCGGUGAGGUUCUCAAGGCCAUCAACAAGCGGGAAAAUGUCAAGGAAUCUUCAACGCCGCUGGAUCUGUCCGUGCGCCGGCUAUCUCCCGGCGGGCGCGAACGCUCCCUCUCCCUCUCCUCGGCCAUCUCCGUCGACCAGCUCCGGAUGGACUUUGACAGUCUGAUGGAGGGCAAAGAGAAUCUCUCCGUGAGCGGUGACUCGAUCACGCCGGAACAGAUCGUGUGCGCCCCAUCGCUCCCAGGAAGUCCUCCCCUCACCCCCUCCCCCAAACGCCGAUCCAACAGCCCUCGCGGAGGUGGCGGUGGAACCGGUUCCGGAUCGCGCAGCGAUCGCGACGGAUCCGUCUCAAUUUCCCCACUCACACUCCAACAGCAGCAGCAACUCCUGAUGCGUCCCCUGCUCCCCGCGGACAUUGCCCUACGCCUCUCGGCCGCCGAUCCAACGCUCAAUCUGAACCUCAACAUCCUGCCCAACUCGCAACUCUUUACCAAGCAGGGAGUUGAGCUGGCGCUACGACUGUCUUCCGGGAUGAACAACGUGGGCGUAGAUGGGAAGGGUCUGCAGCAGCCGCAGAUGUCCCCGCUGAUGAACAGUAUCUCGCCGGGGGCGGUCAACAGUCAGGGGCCGGUUCCGCCGCCGCCGCAGGUGGUCAUGCCGGUUACUGGAGGCAGUACCGGUACGCCGCAGAUCUUCGUCAAGCAGGGCGAUUCCAAGUGCAAGGAGUGCAACAUCGUCUUCUGCAAGUACGAAAACUAUCUCGCCCACAAGAAGCACUACUGCUCGGCCCGGAAUCUCGACGGAGCGGACGGUGAAAACGCCAAGGUCAGUCCCCCGAUCUCACCCCGUACGGCGGCCAGCCCGUCCAGCUCCAACCCGAACUCCGUCAACUCCGGCGGUGGACCGCAGCGAUCCUCGGGUGGUGGACCCGCUCCGGUCGCCUACCAGCAGCUGAUUUGCGCCGCCUGCGGUAUCAAGUUCACCUCGCUGGACAAUCUGAGCGCCCACCAGAUGUACUACUGCCCGAAGCGGGUCGACGUCCAGAUGCCGACGACGACGGCUCCGGCUCAGAAGGAACGCUGCUCCAAGUGCAAAAGCAUGCACGAACCGGGUCAACCGUGUACGGUUGCCGGUCAGGGUGCGUACAAGUGUCCGAUCUGCGAGGUCAUCAGUCCCAACUCGACGGAAGCCCGACGCCACAUGGACACCCACGGUGGUGUGAAGGCGUUCCGUUGUACGAUCUGCCGGUACAAGGGCAAUACCCUGCGUGGCAUGAGAACCCACAUCCGGAUGCACUUUGACAAGAAAACGAACGACUUCAACGAGGAGAACUACAUCACCUGCAUUUUGGAAGAGGACGGAAUCGAGAUUCCGCCUGCGGCGGCCGUUGCGGCCGCGGCAGCUCAGCUGAUGAACCAGGCUGCGGCGGCGCAGGCAGCCGCCAAUCAGCAGCAGCAACAGCAGAUUGAGUCCGGAAACGGCUCGGGCCAGGUUCACUUUUGUGAGCUGUGUCCGUACUACUCCACUUACAAAAUCAAUGUGGCAAGACAUAUCAAGCUGAUCCACGGACGGGAACGGCCCCCGAGCAACUCCCCGCUGAUUGGAGAGGGUGGUGAAUCGCUUAUCGCCAAUGGUACCGGCGAACGAGGACAGGACAGUGGCAGUUCGACGCCGCGGCCACCGGUCAGCAGCACGCCGGGGCCAGGGCCGGUGACGGCGACGGGAAAUAGCAUCAUCAAAAGCGAACCGGAGGACGACCCCCGCCCCGACGAACCCGACGUCGACGUGGACGUCGUCAUGGAGGAACCGGAAGUCAUCAUCAAAACCGAAGCCCCUGAAUUAGCUCCCACCAUCACCUCCCACUCCCCGAUGGCCUCCCCGCCUCCCCCUUCCCCAAACCAGCCUCAACCGGCGGGCAAAGUCAAACCUUCGUUUGUCGCUCCACCGGCGAUCAAGAGCUCCAAAACCCCCUCGCCACCCUCGACCUUCGAGAUCAACCACUCCGGUCCGAACUACUGCGACACGUGCGACAUCACCUUCAACUACGUCAACACGUUCAUUGCUCAUAAAAAGUUUUACUGCAAAAAUACGCCCCAGGAGGGGGGCGGUGGCGGCGGCGGAGCUGGUACGACACCGGGGGGAGGGGCUCCGGCCAGUUUGCGAGCGGCCACGACCGGGUCGCCGAACAGCGUUGCCGCGGCGGUCUCCGUCACGCGGGCCACGGAGACGUCGGUCUAGCCGAGGAGGCGGCGCCGGAAGCCGUCGGCAAAUGGGACGAGAGGCAAUUGUAUACGGAAUGGAAAGGAUUUUAUGUGAAUUGUUUUUUUGGGAGAAAAAGCACGCAAAAUGUAUACGUUUUUAUCGGAACUUAAUCAUUGUCCUCCCUCUGGAAGGCGUUGAAACAAGAAGAGAAUGAACAUUUCUGUGUUAACUGUAGAAUCGGAAUCUUAUUACUGUAGUUGUGUAAGUCUAAUGGAAGCAUAAUCUUAAGCGCAAAUCCUACGAAAAAUCGACGUUAAACACAAGUCCCAAUUUCCCCCCUCUAGAGAAGCUCAAACGCUGGCAUAAUUAUUACUAUUACCGUUAGGAAGUGUAACUCUGUACAUGUUGUAACGUAACGUAAGGAUUAGAAUUUGUUAUUUUCUCCCCUUUCCCUUAAAAACUUAGUUAAAUCUAUAUUUCAGUUCAAAAACCUUUAAACUUUAAACGCAUGUUUUACCAAAGUUAGCGCGAGUUGUUUUCCAAUUUGUUUUAAGUUUAAAAGUUUCCUUCGAACCGAUACGUAUGUAACUUCCAAUAUUUGAAUCAAGACUUGAGCGAUUAUUGCAUUUAGUAGCGAUUAAUUUGUAAUGAAUUAUAGAGAAAGAAAGAGAGAGAGAGAGAGUUGUAAAAAUCUGUGUAAAGCAAAAAAGCAGUCGUCGUAAAACAUAAGCUCGAAUUUAAUCUUACAAAGUAAACAUCUUAUCAACCUAUAAUAGAACCUAUUCCACUUAACAAUUACACAAACUCACACAAACAAUCUUAUAAAAAGCAUAAAAUUAGUAAAAUCUGCAGAUUUCCGUUGCAUACACUGUAAUGCUGCUUGGUCUGAAUUGAAAACGCAGAAAACAACCACACAAUUGCCAUACAAACAAAUAAAAAAAACACGCAGCAAAAUCAUAAUUACCACACCGCGAUUACCACUUUCUUGUGAAUGAAACUGCAAAAAUAUUCGUAACUUCCAGCAAAAAAUGUGUAAAACUCAAUGUGAAACCAAAACUUUUCGGCGUUUGUUAUGAAAUCUGAAAUAAUGAAAACUUAAUCGUAGAAGAGAAAACAAGCAAAAGAAGAACAUAGAAUCAAAUGACAAUAAAUUAUUAUUUAUCGAUUGAGAGCGAAACAAAAAGAAACACGCAGAGAACCACACGAUGUGAGGGUAAAAAUUGUAGUUGCACGAUAAUUAAAGCAAACCGGAUGGAAGUGAAAAGAACCAAUUGAGUAUGAUUCAAUAAAAGUUCGCAAGAAAUAUCAAAAUAAUU